GCCGCAUGCUAAACAAGUUGUUGGCAUGGCAACACAUUAUUUGUCACCAUCAAUAUUAUGCAUUAUUUUGAUCACUCUUGUCUCCAUCGCCGGAGCAAAAGUCCCGGCGAUUAUAGUCUUCGGUGACUCUUCGGUAGAUUCCGGCAAUAACAACUUCAUAUCAACAAUGGCCAGAGCCAAUUUCGAGCCUUACGGUCGUGACUUCCCGGGUGGCCGCGCAACCGGCCGUUUUUGUAAUGGCCGUCUCUCCUCAGAUUUCACUUCCGAGGCUUAUGGCCUUAAACCGACCAUACCAGCCUACCUUGAUCCGUCCUAUAAUAUCUCUGAUUUUGCUACCGGAGUUUGCUUUGCCUCCGCCGGCACUGGUUAUGAUAAUUCCACAGCCGAUGUGCUUGGCGUGAUUCCGUUAUGGAAAGAAGUCGAGUACUUCAAGGAAUACCAAGGCAACCUUUCCGCCUAUCUCGGCCAUCGGAGAGCUGCCAAAAUCAUCAGAGAAUCUCUAUACUUAGUCAGCAUAGGAACCAAUGAUUUCCUUGAGAACUACUACACAUUACCGGACAGGAGAUCUCAAUUUAGCAUCACUCAGUACCAAGACUUCCUGAUCGAGAUAGCCGAGGUGUUCUUAAAGGAUCUUUACAGACUCGGAGCUCGGAAAAUGUCUUUCACCGGAAUCUCGCCUAUGGGAUGUCUACCGCUGGAGAGAGUGACGAAUCUUGACGACCCUUUUAGCUGUGCUCGGAGUUAUAAUGAUUUGGCUGUCGAUUUCAAUGGGAGAUUGAAAAGAUUGGUGACGAAAUUGAAUAGAGAGCUUACUGGAAUAAAGAUAUAUUUCGCUAAUCCUUACGAUAUCAUGUGGGAUAUUGUUACCAAACCUAAUCUUUACGGUCUAGAGAUAUCUAGUUCUGCCUGUUGCGGUACCGGAUUGUUCGAGAUGGGAUUUCUUUGCGGCCAGGACAAUCCGUUAACUUGCAGUGAUGCCAAUAAGUUCGUUUUCUGGGACGCAUUUCACCCGACCGAGAAGACUAAUCAGAUUGUUUCUGAUCACUUCUUCAAGCAUCUCAAGAAUCUGUUUCAUUGAUCCUGAAUUCCUAUAUAAUUUCUUUAUCAGUACAAUAGUUAAAUUCAAUUUCGAACAUUUAAGCUUCGAAUAGAUGUGAAGAGUGCAGAGGAUUGAUCAAAUAAAAAGAUGGAAAAAGA